AUGAAGAUUCUGCUCAUUUUGACUUGCUUUGUCAACAAGGUGAAUGUUCACGAGGAUGACUUGCCAUUGAUAAUGAUCUGGACUCAGCAACUGGAUCCUCCACUGCAGCAAACAUGGGACCAGCACCUGAGCCUGCAGUGUUAUGGCCCAUGGUUGUGGAUUUUGAGUCAGCAGCUAGUGUUGUGGGUGCAGAUGACCCAGUGGAUGGUGCAUGUUGAUGUUCAGUUUGUAUCAUUCAUAUUGAUUCACUGUGCAGCUGUUGAACCUGAGGCUGAUAUCAAUGUUGAUGAUAUCCGAGUCGAAUACCACCUGAAUGCCAGCAAGCCAACUGUAAUGGUGCCAUUUACUGAGUUCAGUUGA